CGGCCUAUGUAUGUGUAGGGAAGCAAAGUUUACUUCGUGGCGACACUUGUGCCCUAAUUGUUCCCAUGAGUUGGUUUGACACGGUAGGUAUAGCCAACCUUGCCAAGUCUGCCCUCAACUCGGCCCAGAAACGGAUCGACCGGGCACUUGACAUCCAACCUGACGAGGCAUCCGGCUUCAGUCUUCCUAAUGACGCAGACUCCUUCUUCCUGUCGUUCGGUCUGGGUGACGACCUCUCGAAGUCCAAGCAGCCGACAUCCAAACAGCCGACACCGUCUCGGCACGAGCCGAGGCCCGAUGGCCGACGAGACGACGCCGAGUCGAAGCCGGUGUCGGGCUGGGAGUCCUUCCUGGAGGCUACCUCGUCGGCUGUGGCCAAGCCGUUCGCAGAUGCUUCGGCCGUCCUGCUGCAGCCAACUAGAACUGGUUCGGCGGGUGACAUAGCUGUAUCAUCAAGUGCAUCGUCCGACACAGUAGCGGCCGUUGCAUGUGGAGGGAGGGAAAGCCCGCUGAACAUUGACUUGCCUACGUACCCAUCCUUGGAACAGUCUGCAGAGUCCGAUGGGUCGACCGAAACGCUGCUGGGAUCAUCAUCACUUCCUGGAAGCUCAUCGCCACUGUGUCAGAGCAGGGAAUCAUUCUCAGACUGGCAAGGUACCGGCAAAGAGCCAAAGGACGGCGGUGGUGUUAUCGUGCGUGAGCCGGAACAUGCAGCUAGCUCUGGAUACCCUGCUGUGUCACCCGCUGUUGGGAGCGGCGCUUCAACCGCGGAAGGCAACUUGGCAUCCACUCAGGAACCGUGCGCCUCAGUAACUGCUAGCAAAUCAUCGUCGAAAGAUGAAUUGUCUGUUAGUCCAAAGAGGGAUUCUGGGGCAUCGGAUUUGCCAAAGGUUGAGUUGUCGGACAGUUUUGUUGGACAAGACUCUCCGCAGCAUUCUAGUGAAGCCGCGCAACCACACGAAUUGGCGACAGGGCCGGAUGGCUUCUUGCCCCAAGACUUGUGGGUUGCCAUCGAUGCUCCGCAAAGCAUCACCGAGAAAAAAGAUGAGAAUGUUGAAACGCACGGUGCCUGCGGCGAUGUCGUGGUUGCAACCGCGAUCGUCGAAGCGGCUGGUGAUGUUGCCACCCUCCCCGACGGAAAACAGAUGGCGGCCGAGUCUGGUGACCAGGCGGACAGUGACGCUGGUGACGCGACGGCAGUGAAAGUGGACGCUUCCAUCGCCGUGAAGGAAGAGUGCGAAACCCAGUCGGUGGCCGGGAGUGCGCACUCUGCGGAGACGAGCUCAUCCGCUUCAUUUGUGAGGAUUUCGACGGAAGAGACGGAAGACUCGCGGAAAUCGAGCAGUCCAUCCGGUGAUGAAGAAGGGGAAACGGUCUCCUCGUCGGACAUCGAGAUAAUCUCGUCCGUUAAUGGCGGGUCAAGCAUUGACCAGUUCAGUGCAGUGUCGCCCGCAAGGCACCUCUGGACCAUACAGUCAGACAGUCGUGGUGACAAACCCUUUGAGGGGGCUGAAGCAGCUGGGACGUCUGAGGACCCACUGGGACUUCCUCUAGGUGGUGCUACUACAGAAAGUCUCGAAGAUAUGUCUGAAGUAGAAGGCCUUAGAGCGCGAGUGAACAAGCUGCAAAGUGUUCUGGAUGCCCGAGAGCGUAAGGUCUUCCUGCUCAGCAAGGAGAUGGCUGAAAUGGCAGACAGCAAUGCUGCGCUACAGAGUGCAUUGCAGAAAUCUGAGCAGCAGCGGAUAAAGGACAAUCAGGAUACAUCACGACUGACGCAAGAAUUCACCCACCGCCUUGCCCGCCUGGAAACCAAGCUUCUCGACACAUCCAGGGAAAGGGAUUCUCUAAAAGCCAAACUUGAGGCUGUCCAACAGGAGGCUGUGUCCAAAGUGAGCAUCUCCCAGAUGGAUGUUCUGCUCAAGGAGAAGGAUGAACAGAUUGCGGAGCUCAUGUCAGAAGGAGAGAAGUUGUCCAAGCAGCACCUGCAACAAUCGACAAUCAUCAAGAAACUGCGGGCCAAGGAAAAGGAAAUGGAGAACCUCAUCAAGACUCACAAGGAGCGCCUGGAAGAGCAGAGCAAGGAGCUCGACCGGCUUCGGCGAUCUCUCAGUGCCAAGGACGAACAGGAGAAGAAGCAUAUUGACACAAUACGGCACCUGACGUCGUCGACACAAAAGCUGGAACGAGAAGCAACAGCACUUCAGGAAUCCCUUAACGAAUCAACGAGCAACUUGGAGGAAGCCAUGAGCAAGCUUGAUGCUGCAUACAGUCAGAUAGCAGAGUUGCAGCAUGCCAAUGCAGAGUUUGAGAGGCAAGCAGAGGAGGCAUCCUUGAGUGCCAAGAUGGCUGCUGGUGAAGAGAUUCGCAGGGCCAUGGACCAGGCACGUUCUGAAGCAUUGGCCGAGAAGACGUCUCUGCUGCAGCGCAUCGAAGAACUGCAGCUUGCGCUUGCCAUGGCAGACCAGCGCAGUGAGCGGCGGGAGGAACAUUUGCACGCCAGCAUUCGAGAGUUGCAACAGCAACUCCAAGAGGCUGAAGCACGGAACCAGGAGAUAACGCAAAACCUCUCAUCUGCUACAAGGCCCCUUCUUCGCCAGAUUGAGAAUCUCCAGUCAACGUUCAGUGUGCAAUCUGCCUCCUGGGAAAGGGUCGAACGAAGUCUCACCGAUCGCCUGAAUGAGUCUCAGACGCACGCAACGCUGCUGGCCGAGAGAGAGCGUGCCUUGAGUGACAAGUGUGCCGACCUUCAACUACGACUGACGACACUCGAGGCACAAAACGUGGCAUUGCGGCGGGAGAAACAGGAACUGGCUUCUGAGUGCGACACGCUUAGGGAACAGCAGAGCAGUUUGGAGGAGUACGAGCGCAGGGAAAGCAACCUCAGGGCAACGAAAGCAAGACUCGAGCAGUCACUGAAGGCCCUCAGGGCUGAAAAGGAUGCCUUGUCAGUGCAGCUGAGUACGCUGCAAGAGGAACUGUCCAGCGAGCACAACAAGAGUGCCUUGCUUCAGGAACAACUCCGUGCCGAGCGCGAGAAGAGGCUUGAACAUUCGAACACUCCAUCACCUACAGCAUCGCACUACAGUUCUGUCAGUGAAACUUUCAACUGCAACCCACUGCCUGAUGACAUGAGCGUGGCAAACAGUGCGUUCAGCGUUGCACCUGCAAGUCGUCACAAUUCCUUGUACGAGAGCCUCCGGGGCAUCGGCGGCAGCUCGCUCAUCGAGUCACUGCAGGCGCAGCUCAAGAUGCGCGAAGGCGAAGUCGGUCAGCUACAGGCACAAAUCGGCCAGCUGGAACGAUGCAGGGAAUCCUUGUCACGUGAACUGACGUUGCUGUCAGCCAAGCAAGAGCUUUGGGACCAGGAGCACGAGGAGCUGCGCGAGCUCAGGGUUCGUUUCGAGGACGUGAAUCAGAAGUACAAUACGCUGCUCCAGAUGUAUGGCGAAAAGGUUGAAGAAACCGAAGAGCUGCGGCUCGAUCUUGAAGAUGUCAAGUCCAUGUACAAGGCUCAGAUAAAUGAGCUCAUCAAUGCCAAACAGUGAGUUCUCUCUGUUGUCGCGGGUUGCCACCAGAAGCAGCAGUGACACUCACCAUCGCAGGCGAAGGCAGUCAGUGCCUCAACGCGUUCAGUCGUCCACUCUGGAGCAUUAAAGAUGGGAGAGGCUAGGUGCAAGACGUGUAUAUAAACAAGAUGUGCAUACCAGCGUUGCGUUUGUAUAGGGCCGUGAAAGGUACUGUGGGUAUCAAAGGAACUUGGCAAGUCUCUUUUCCUUUUUUUUUUGCUGAAAAAUAAAAGAUGUUUUACCUCCGGUU